AUGGCGGUAGAAGAUGGCGCUGUUCUGGGAAAGCUGCUUGGGCAGUUGGAGAGCUCAGGUCUAUAUCAUGAUGGGACCAGAGACACUGUACUGGACAUGUUGGAGAUCUACGAGAACUUACGAAAGUCUAGGACCACCAUCAACGUUCAGGGAGCAAGGUCAAAUCAGCGUGCAUAUCAUUUGCCAGAUAGCCCCAUUCAGGAGUCAAGGGAUGCUUGGCUAAGGUCUGAACCUAGAGGAGCUUCACCCGAUGGUUUCACUCUCGCUGACACGGCCUACCUCGAAGUUAUUCUGGGAUUUGAUGCCUUGGAGGAAAGUGUCGAUGCUUUCGAGCAUUGGAAAGCUGGCCAGUCACAAACUCUGCCGAGAUACAAUUUGUAG